CUCUCUCUCAUUCUUGCCUUCUUGCAUCCUACAAAGCAGUCACGUGUGCUCUGCGGUACGGCGUCGUGCUUUAGGCACCCACCCCACACUGCCACCCUCUGUAAAUCUCUGCAACACCAUUGAAACACAACAACAAUCUACACACACAAACACACUCAACUGCGUGGAAAGGGAAGUGACAGAGCUCUUACUUUAACGCCCCUACCCCCCACUCCACCCCACCCCCCUCAACUUUGUAGUAGUAGUAGUAGUAGUAUAGUAAUAGUAGUAGUAGCAGCAUUUGUUUCUACCCACUCACUCACAUAUGUCCUCUCUUGGCAGCCUUUUUCACUAUUAGCAUCGCCAUCAUUGCUCAAAAGCCCGUCUUUUUCCUCCCAUUAUAGCCCACUUUUUACUCUCUCCCAAUUCCACCAGUAAAAACAAGAUCAAGAAUUAAAAUAUAAUUGUGGGCUGUGAUUAAUUUCUUUCUUUUAUUGAUUUGUUUUUUGUGUUCCUCAUGAAAUGAAUGCAUCUGCAGACAAGUGUGGGAUGAAGUAAAUGAAUCAUUUAUUCAGCUACGCAGGCAUUUAUUUGCUUUGUUCUAUACAUGUGCUUAUUGUAUGAUUACAUAAGCGGAGGGUAGGGGGUGAAAAGGAAUCUUGGAGAAAUGGCUGGCUUAAGGGGCAAUGGGUCCGUGCCGUCACUGCCGCCACCGCGGCCGAAGUCGCCACCCCAGUAUCCGGAUUUGUACGGGAAGCGGAGGGAGUUGGCCAAAGUUCAGAUGCUGGAGAGGGAAAUUGGUUUUCUAGAGGAAGAACUGAAAUCUAUUGAGGGCCUUCAACCAGCUUCAAGAUCCUGCAAAGAGGUUGCAGAUUUCGUAAUAGGAAAUGCAGAUCCUCUCAUACCUACAACCAAGAAGAUCCGCAGAUCACGUCGCUUCUGGAAAUGGCUCUGUGGAGUAUCCUGUUUCAACGUAUCGUGGAUCUGCUGUUGUAGUUGCUUGCCUCAUUUCCAGAUUCCAAGCUGCUGCUGCGACUGCAUGGAAUGCAACUGUUGCUGCAACCCCUGUGUGAAGUGCCGAAUGCCCAAGUGCCAUUGUUUCUCCUGCUGGAAUAGCCAAUGCUUUAACAAGUGCAAAUGUAGCCUGGACUGCUGCUGCUGCUGCAGCAUACCAAAAUGUCCAUCCUGCCCUACCUGCUCUUGCAUGAAGUGUACAUGUAAUCCUAAAUGUCCCAAGUUAAAUAUAUGUUCAUGUUGUCACAAAAGCUGUUGCUACCCUUGCUACUUCUGUUAUUAGCACAACCUCAAUUAAUAUAACUAUGUGUGCUGUUCUACUGCUUUUCCCUUUAUGGAUCUCCUUUUUGAGGUGUUGCGCUUGCCAGUCUUGAUAAGUUAAUUAUGAUAUAACAACGCGCGCAUAAAAUCAUGUAUGGUCUAUCAGUUUAUAAACUGCAUGAAUAAGGCUUUGUAUUCGGCCGGUUUAAAAUCCCAUUAAAAACAAGAAGGUGCGUCAAGCCCAGUUCAAUUACAUUACAGUUCACUAACGCGCGAAAACCGACUUUUGAGGAACAUAGUAUCCUCUACUUUCCCAUAAUUAGUUGUUCCAAACCCCCUUGUCCGAGAUUUCCUGUAGUGACUGGAGCCCAUAAUGUCAACAUCUCACAGCUGCGUCCA